GCGCGUGGUUUAGCGCGUGUUGCAGCGCAUGGCAUUGUUUGCAAGUUUACGACUUACGAGUUGGACAAGUGGUGGCCGUGGCGUUGUUUGCUUGCAGCAGCUGGAGCUCUAAGUCCAUCUAUUACGAUGGCCUGUCUGGAAUCAUCAUUUUACCAGGACCACCGAUCACCGGCUCGCAUCACACCGUUGCCGGGCGCACUGGACUGCGUGGACGAGGAGCUGCUGCGCACCUACGUGGCGUGUGUGGACGGCGACCGGUGCCAGCGGACGCAGCAGCUGCUAGCGGAGGACUGCGAGCUCGACUGGUUCGGAGUGCUGCUGCAGGGCCGCGGCCGGGUCAUGUCCUUCCUGCAGUGCGAGCUGCCCGUCACACACCACGAGUACAGCCGCGCCGAGCGGGUGCCGCACAUCUGCAGGCGGGUGCGGAAGCGGGCGCCGGCGCGCGACGAGGCCGACGGUGACGACGCGUCGCUGACGGCCGGCCUGCUGGCGCUGAGUCUGCUGGCGCCUCCGGCCGGGAGCGGCGGCGGCGGCGGCGCGGGCCACUCGCGCCACUCGUCCAUGUCGGCCGGCUCCGACUCCACGUUCAGUCUGUGCAGCAGCUACGACAGCUCGCAGCUCGAGGAGAGCGAGUUCGGCCCGAUGCGUCUGCUGCGCCUCUCCGGAGCGCUGGCCUUCGACGGACCCUGGGCCGACAGGGACACCGUGGAAGACGGGGACUCCACGAUGCCGCCGCCGCCGCCCGAGGCCAAGUGGCGCCGGCGGAUGCGGCUCAGCCUGGCCUACACCAGUGCGCCGUUCCGGAUCCACAAGAUCUACUACGAGGAGAACACCAAGGCGCGGCGCUCGCUCAACUUCUAGCCGCCGCCGAGUGGCCGCCCUGACCGGGGCAGCCGCGGUGGGGACGGCCGCCGUGCCACCGGGACAGGUGGGGGCCGCCCGCCGCUGACGGGUGGGAUUGCCUGAAGUCGGGCUGGCCACUGCUGCCGCGCCGGUCUGAUAAGACACCCCCGCUGCAGCGUCCCGUAGCCACCUAGGGAUUCCCACUUCAAAUGCAUCGUCAUCUGUACAUAGCUCACGUUCAUCUUUCCAUGUUACUAUUCUUGUUUCGAUUUUUGUAUUACGUUUAAUUAACUUAUUUAUUAACUUAUUUAUAUAUUUAUCACACUGUAUUUGUUGUGGAUUGUUUUGUAGCAGUGUUUUGAUUUCGUGUAGUUUUUCUAUAGUAUCUAUCGCUGGUCAUAUCAUUGGUGUGCAAGAGUACCUAGUACCUACCGGCCGGAUGCUACAAUCUACGUGCUCAUAAACAGAACAGUUUACAGUGAUCAUACGUGUGCUUCAUAUUUCCGCAACAUUUUUUUUUCUCUCAUUUUAUUACUUGCGCAAUGCGCAUUGUAACUUGUGUUGUUAUUGUUAUGUUCUUCUUGAAGCAUUAUUUAUCAAAAGUGAGAGUGUUACUCGUUUCGACUUUC